AUGAUGGAGGAGUUGGUUGAUCUUAUAACUAGGUUAAAUAUUCCAUCAAAUAAUUUACCAGUCCUUGUAAUACAAGAAUUACUGUUUAAAGCAAGGAGGUACACAACUUUCUAUGAAAGCGAGGACAAAUUGUGGAUUGAAAUAUUAGAUAUACUAUGGAGACAUCUGUCCGUAGGUCUACCCAAAUUAGAUGAUCAGUUGUUGUGUGCCACAUGUUUCUAUACAGUGCUAAGUUUUACGAACAAACAAGAAUUCUAUUUAGCCAGAAUUCUGACACUUAUCAACUUUAAUAUUACAGCUUUAGGUGAUUGUAAGGUUCUUACUGCUUCAGAAAGAUCUCUAGCAAUAUCUUUGAUGUACGGCAUGUUCCAAUCGACAUUCCUACUUAAGGAUUCCACUAAAGAUAUACCAACAGUUCCAAAUAUUAUAGAAGUAACUGUUGAUUUAUUAAUAACACUAGCAUACGAGUACUCAAGGUACACAUUUCUUGCUUUUAAAACUAUUCACGCAUUUAAUAAAGUUUUGGGGACAUUGUUUCAAGAGUCUGUAUAUUGUGAAAGGAAUUUGAAAAGACUUCUCCAUUUAGUGAACAACAAUUGGGAAAAUCCUAUCACAGGUGUUAGAGAUUUAAACAGAUUGAUUUUCCAAACUCUGGUUGGAUUAUUAAAUGGAGAUUUGUAUGAAAGAAUAUUAAACGAUAUCAAUAAUUUCCAAUGGAACAAAGCAAAGUAUUUGAUGCUUUCAGAGAUUAUUGAGCAGUACAAAAAAAGUGUUGUAAACUUCAUAAUUGAGAAUAAUUGGGUUGAUGGGGUCAUAUACAGUUUGUAUAAACCAGGCUUGGUUUCUGCAGGAGCUGAUAUGUACUUUGCUAUAUUAAAAAAUCUAACAUCUCAAGAUGACUGGUGCCUUUUAUUCUUAAAGGGAUCUGUUGAAAUAUUGAAAGGAACGAGUCAUAAAGCAAUAGAGAAUUUUAGUAACUACUGGUGUUUGACAACAUUCAAGAGAUUCCCACAAGUAAUGACAACAUUAAUUGAUGAACUAUCAACUUGUGAGAGGUCUGAUAUUUAUAUUUACAGCAAUUUGUGUAUAUUGAAACAAGGAAAUAAAUUAGGAAUUUUAAAUAAUAAACAACAACAGAAGUCUUAUGAAGACAUCGAAAAUGUCAUAUUAAAUGGCUUGGACCACUGGAAUACCUCAGUCAGGACAUUAGCAUUUGAUAUAAUUUCGACAUCACAAAGAAACUCAGACCUAAAUGAAUGUGAACUUGUUAUAAAUUACUUGCAAAAUAAUAUUAAUUCCGAUUGUACAGUACUAAGAAUAAGCAUGCUGAACAACUUUAAAUACUACAUUAAUAAAAUAAAUGAGUCAUUCCGAAUUGGCAGUAAUGAUAUUAUUGCUAUUGAAAUAUUUUAUAGGAAACUCCAGAAACUUAUUAUCCAAUCGCUAAAAUUACAGGGAAAUUACCAAAGAAAGAUCACAACCCUCAAACUUUGCAAUAUUUUUCUUAGCUCUUUUAACUAUACAAAGAAUCAAAGAAAAGGAAGAAAGUCAAACAGUACAUCAAUUAUAUUAUUAUUGGAAGAAAAAGAUUGCUGGGUAUUGUUUAAAGAAGAGUUUAUUAUAGUUUUAUUCAGUCUUUUGCAAGAUCCUGCAGAUGAUAUUAGAGAAAGUACGAUCCAGCUAGUUUUAGAUCACUAUUCCAAAAAGAUUACACCAGUAUUUAUCAAUAAUCUUAUAAAAGAUGCUCAAAGUGACAUUCAGAGCAAAUACUUCUACCAAAUUAGUUGUGGCCAAAGUAUACUUAAAUUACUUGCUAAUUUAUUUUUGAAGGAAUCAUAUAUGGAAACUGUUUUCAAAAAUGUGGAUGAAUUAUUUAUAUACAUAUACAACGAAUUAUACACCGAGUAUAAUAAAAAGAGAAAUAUUGUUAAAUCUAUUGAGGCCGGAAAACAACUGCAUUCACUAUUGGGCGUUCUCCUCCAAAUACUAAAAGUUUCAAAAGAAAAUUCAUAUGAAUUAAAAAGUGCUACAGAGAAAUUACCUGAACUCAUACAGAUAUCAGAAGAAAUUGCAAGUCAAUUCACGUGGGAAGAGGAAACUUCGACAAGCUCAGAUUUCUCAAAAAUGAAUGAAAUGAUACAAAAUAUGAUCAUUGCCUCCGGGUACAAUCCUUUGGAUGAAAAGGAUUAUACGAAAAUUUCAGGGCUCCAGCAAAUUGUCCUCAAUUGUUUGUGGUUUAAUGUUAAGGCAUCGUGUGAUUUGGCAUCUUUUCUGAUACAAUUUCUCGACGAUCAACACACAGAUCUGUGUGAAAAAUGUCUUAAUAUCUUGAUGCAUGUUCUGGAAACAUCGAGACACAAAGGCGUAAUAGAGGGCGCUGGUUCAGCUUUAGGUCGAGCAAUCCAAUACUUAUCGUCGUUGCCGGAUGACACAGCUUUAUCUAAAAUUCCACUUUUUCUACUGAAACGUAAGCUAAAGGAGCUCAUAUCCUAUGCGUCCAUGGCGUCUGUAACCAGAAGGGGCGCUGGUCUCUCUAUUAUGGUCCACAGAAUAGUUUCAAGUGAUAUGAAAAAGGGAAAGCCACUCUUUCAUCAUUUCAUGGAAAUAAUUUUGGAUGCCUGCAGCAAUACCAAAGAAGUCCCAAAUAACCCUGAUGAGAAUCAAAGAGAUCUACCAAAAGCUAUUUACAUACAUUUUCUAACGAGAAUAGUCAUUGACAGCAGCUUAUCGUCAGACAUGAUGUAUUAUUCGGCGGAAUUAGCUGAAAUAGCUUUUCAGAAUUUAAUCAGUCCUCAUUGGCAAAUAAGAAAUGCUGCUUUACAGCUUUAUGGUGCAUUAAUUCCUAAACUUAUAGGUCAAAAGAAAGCAUCAGGGACGGAUGAAGAAACGGUUGCCACUGUCGCAUGCGAUGAAUUCCAGACACAUUCUUCCAAGCUAUGGAAGCAUAUGACUAUAUGUUUGCAAGAUAUUAGUAAACACAAUGAUAUAAUCCAAGCUCAUUCCAACAUAAUGCCUAUAGUAAACGUGCUUGCUAAUUUAGCAAGGCGAUACAACUUUUCCCUUGAUGCAAAAGAAACAGACUGUGAUAAAAUCUUAUUGGAAAACCUACUAUCUCUUUUAGGCAGCCCCAUAUACACUGUUAGAAGAUUAAGUGCUAAGUGCAUUUAUAACAUUUUUGAUUUCGAUAUUAUAUUUAAGACAAUUAUGCUUAAAGAAAUCAAAUCUGAGAAUGAAUUGCAUGGCAACCUAAUUCUAUUGACCUUUUGUUAUAAACAUUACAAAUCGCAGAAAUAUCAAACUCGCUUUGCUAAUUUUGUAAAAAAAUUUAGUAUUCUAAUGAAUGGCAAUCAUUCUUACUUAUGCAGAAAACAAUAUGAAGAGCUUUUAGAUACAUAUCAUUUUGCUGAUUUUAUUCAAGAAACGUUGAUAGAGAGUAAACAAAACCCACAUGCACCUGGUAUAUCUUGCUGGACUGAUUCUCGUUUGCGUAAAUAUAUUCAGAUCUGUUCAUGGGAAAAUGUACCUGAUUUCUUAAAGACUGUUUCAAUUGAGCGAGAUUUUGAUAAAUAUUGUCAAUUUAUAAUUGACAAAAUGCAAUGCGAUACUAUUUCCCAAAACAUACUCACAAAAAUGUCUAACAUAUUACUGCAAUGUGAACUCCUUUCUAAUAGCACUAUAACUUGGAAGCUGUUGUAUCAAAUAUCACAAAAAUUGGAAAUAAGUGCUAAUUUAUAUCCUGAAACUAUUUUCCUGUGUUUGGAACAGAAAUGUUUUAGCUAUAGAUUGAGGUACGCCAUUCCUUACCUGGCAAGUUUAGCCAAUCAACUAUCAAAUGAACACCUUGAUAAUUUAUCUGAUAUUAUAUUCACAUUAUGUGAUCCUGGAAAGUUCGAUGUUGAUAUGAGAUUCAUAGCGGCAUUAGGAAACAAUGAAAUGGGAAAAUCUUUUACAAAAAUAAAAAGGUCUACAUUUAAAAUUAAUGCCAUUAAAACAGCAGUUGUUCUUCUGCAAGAUGAAGAUGAGGAUAUAAGACUUAAAAGUACUGACUUUCACAAAUAUUUAAGCAAUAAUGAAGUAAGCUCACAGCCAUAUGUUUGCACAUAUAAACUUUUGAAUGUGGAGUUCUUACAAGCCAUUUUGGAUAAUCCGAAAAAGGAUAUACCAAUACUUUGUCAAGAACUAGAAACUAUAAUGAACAGUUACUCUCAGACAGGUGUCGAUGACUACAAUCCAUUUGCUAGCGAGUCCAAGAAUAUAUAUUAUGAAACAGAAAUUGUAAGGCACUAUUUGGAAAAAUUGAAAACUCUUUAA